AUGUAUACGAUACAGCAAGAUACCUCAAUGCAUUAUGGGAUAGUAAUAGAUUGUGGAAGUAGUGGGAGCAGGGUGUAUGUUUAUUCGUGGCCGACUCACUCCGGCAACCCUCACGAUUUACUCAACAUGAAUCAACUCACUGAUCAAGACGGCCAUCUCAUCUCUAAAAAAGUCUCACCCGGUCUGUCAAGUUAUGCUGAUAAACCAUCAGAAGCCAGUGAAUAUAUUCGUCCAUUAUUAGACUACGCUGCUAAAUAUAUCCCCCGUGAAAAACAUAAAGAAACACCUUUAUAUAUCUUGGCUACAGCUGGUAUGAGACUAAUAACAGAAAGGUACACUCAGAAAGAAAUAAUGUCAGAUCUCCAAACAGAUAUAACUAAACUGUAUGAUUUCCUUGUGGCUGAAAACCAUUUUGAGGUUAUCAGUGGUAAAUUGGAAGGGGUCUAUGCCUGGAUUGCUGUUAAUUAUGUCUUGGAUAAAUUCUCUCAUGUCAGUGUUAGACUACCAGGAGAGAGUUCCAGUUCACCCCUCCAUACUCGCAGGCGGACUAUUGGAAUGAUGGAUAUGGGAGGUGGUUCUAUACAGAUAGCAUUCGAAGUUACUAAUCCAGUAACUGAACUACCGAAGUCAUUGAUAGCAGAGAUCAAUCUUGGUUGUCAAGACUCUGAUUUAGACCACACCUACCGCAUCUACGUUACUACUUUCUUAGAAUACGGGGCCAAUUCAGCUCAUAAUCGUUACGAAGAAUUAUUAAUUAAAAACUCUUUAUCAUAUGCUGAUCCCUAUAAGGGUAAAAAUAAAACUAACGCUAUACACGAUCCGUGUAUGGCACGAGAGAUGCCAGUGGUGAAAGAAAUUCACGGGAAAAAAUAUUAUUUUAAAGGGACAGGAGAUUUUAAUAAAUGUCGUAAAAUUUUAGUGCCGUUAUUAAAUUCUACUAUAUUAUGUCAUCAAAAUCCGUGUUCUAUGAACGGCAUUCAUCAGCCUGAUAUUGAUCACGAUCGAUCUAAAUUCUAUGGAUUUUCUGAAUUCUGGUAUUCUACGGAAGAUGUUUUUGGAAUUGGUGGAACGUAUAAUCAUGAUAAAUUCCAAACAGAAUCUGAGGAAUUCUGUAAAACCAGUUGGAGUAAGUUACAGAAAAGAUAUAAAAAGAAAUUAUACCCUAAAGCAGACAACGAUAGAUUUUCAAAUCAAUGUUUUAAAGGGGCGUGGUUAGCGACAGUUUUACAUGAAGGGUUUAAAUUCCCUGAAGACUAUAAGCACCUAGUCACGGCUCAGUUGAUCAAUAAUAAAGAUGUCCAGUGGACGUUGGGGGCUCUAUUGUAUAGAACACGAUAUCUUCCAUUAAGGGAUAUAGAAAAAUUAAAUGGACAAGUUACUCCAAGCUAUCAUUCAGUACCAUCUAUAUUUGCUAAUGAAUAUUUAGUUAUUUUAUGUAUAAUAAUAGUGUUCGCUUCCAUCAUACUCUACAUGAAACGUUUACGACUGUGUCCACAGAAUGACCUUCAGCGCGUUCCUUCAAUGUCAUACUUCAUGACCGGUGAUAAUGAAUCUGAACCUGGUUUGAAAAAAAGUUCGUAUUAUUUAUGA